AUGUUCAGAGGCAAAAAGGUCGGGGUAAGGCUGCCAAAUGUUCUCAGUGUGAGUACUUUGCGCAUGCGAACUGUGUUUCAAUCCCUAAAGAAGUUUGCAACCUUUUGGAUUCCAGUACCAACCUCAGAUGGUUCUGUGAUAGAUGCUCAAGCAGCAUUAGAAAUUAAUAAAGAAAAGUUAAACCAGCUUGAGAGCACUGAUGUUUUUCGUGGUGAAUUGAACAUCUUGAAGAAUGAUAUGAAAGUAUCUUUUGCAGAUAUCGUCAGUCGCGGGAUUAAAGGGCACGCUGAUGAUAUCAAGGCCGAAGUCAAAACAGUCCAGACGACAAUAAAUGAUGCUAAACAAAUCAAAGAAAGAGAAAAUAAUCCAAUUAUGUUUCAUUUGCCUGAGAUUCUGAAACACCUGUCUAAUAAUGUUGUUGAUGCUAACCUAGUCCAUCUAACUAGACGCGGAAAAAAAUCAGACGAUCAUACCCGACCGCUGUUUUUGAAAAUGGAUAGUGUUGACAUAAAAAACAUGAUAAUUAAAAACGUUUCUAAAUUAAAAUCGCUUGACGUCAGCCUGGGUCGCAUCGGACUUAGUCACGAUCUCUCCCCAGGGCAGAGAAAGGAACUGAGGUCAAAGAUAGAGGAGGCAAGAGCAUUGGAAACUUCUGACAAGGGUUUUUUAUACCGUGUAAGAGGCCAGAUUCUGACCCUUGGGGUUAUUGGUAACGAUUAUUUGGAUUCAUCUCUCGACGGUAAUAAAUGUUUAAUGAUGAAAGGCACUGGCAAUGACUUAAAUGGUAAUGUUAAUUUUGGUUGUUUGGUUGAUGGUCAUGGUCUUGAUGGUGGUGAUUAUUCGAUGGUCUGUGGUACUGGAAGCGAUCUGAACGUUAUUGGUAAAAAUGGUUGUGGUAAAGAUGAUGGUAGUGAUUGCGUAAUAACAAAUGGUACCGGUAAUGAUCGUAAUAAAAGUGGUGGUUUUAAUGAUCUUAAAAAAGUAGGUAAUAACAAUGUAAUGAAAGGUGGUGCUGUUGGUAGAAAUAUUGGUGGAAUUAAAAAUGAUCGGACUAAUAAUAACUUUUGUGUGGUUAAAAUAAAAUUGGGUUUACUAAAUAUAAGAUCAAUUGGCUCAAAGUACAACAUCAUUUAUGAUUUGAUCAGUGAUGGUUUGGAUAUUUUUGUUGUUACUGAAUCAUGGCAUGGUUCAUCAGAAAAUCCCUCCAUUGCGUUAUCUACUCCUCCUGGUUACCGCUUUGUAGAUUGUGUAAGAGAUCACGACCCUCUCCAUGUACUCAGUUCUCGAAUUAUUUUAACCGGGGACUUUAAUGUUCACGUUGAAAAGACGAAUGAUCCUUAUGCUGCUAAUUUAAAUGAUAUCUUCGAUAAUUUUCCACUCAUCAAUCAUAUAAAAGCACCAACACAUCUACUUGGUGGUACACUAGACUUGAUAGUGGCCUCCGAGGAUUUUCCAGUUCAUGAUUGUUUAGCCCAUCCAAAAUUGUCUCCGAAAAAAUUGAAAUCGGCAAAGCUGGAUGUUGCCAAAUUGGGCGACAAAAAAUCAAAAAAUCAUUUUGUCAUUUGUUGGAUGCAGCACUGGCUAACGACUGUGUAUGGAGUGGCGUCAAAUGUCAGCAGCUUUCGGCAAAACGCCCACAAGGAAUGGUUCGAUGAUCAAGACAAGGAGGCUCGUCGGCUAAUAGCCAUCAUGAGAGCCGCACAAGAACAUCGGCGCAAAGAAAACAUUCUAUUCUAA